UAAUUUUAUGAUUAUGAUAAUUUCCGUCUACCAAUGCGGAUAUUUGCCAUGGUGAUGUUCUCAGGAAAUGCUUCUACGCAUGCGCUUCCACUGCAGAAAGCGAUGCGGAAAACAAAAGCUGGCAUCCGCCUUGGAUUCGAUGACACACGAAAGUCCUGAAAUUGAAGAAACAAGGAAUAGGACUGCCAGAUAGGAUGUGGACAGACGAAAUGCAGGUUUAUUUAGCUGGAAUUAUCUGAAUUUAUUUCAAUACAUACCUUUGGAAGACUGCACUCCUUUUGCUGUUUCUGGUGUUUGAACUCGAUUUAGUUUUUUAGGCCAAUAUGUCAGAUCCAAAUGCCCAGUCUUGGUUCCAUGGAAGAAUAUCUAGAGAACAGGCAGAAAAACUUUUAAAUGAACAUUCAACACAGAAUGGAAAAUAUUUAUUGCGGGAAAGCAGUACUCAGCUUGGUUCAUAUGUUCUGUCAGUUUGUUAUAAUGGAAAUGUUGUUCAUUACCAAAUCUUGAAGAAUAGGGAUGGAACUGUAGGAAUCGCGGAUGGGCUGAGGUUUCCUGGACCUGUUGAGCUUAUCCAUCAUCAUGAAGUGAAUCUAGAUGGGCUUCUUACCAGGCUGACUAUCCCAUGUGAAAAGCCAGUGGGUGUAAAGGCAAAAGUUUAUCGAAAUAUAACACAUGAUGAUUUGGAAGAAGCUUCAAGAGCUGCCCUUUGGGAGGCUGCAAGUAUUGAUAGUGAAGAGGCUGUUUUGAAAUUCAAAGUUGAAGUUGAAGAUUUUGUUGGAAAUAUACUUCACAAGAAGCAACAGUGGUAUCAUGGAAUUAUCCCCAGGGAAGAGGCUGAUAGACGUUUAGAAACAAAAGGAAAUCCAAAUGGUUGCUUUUUGUUUCGUGAACGAGGUGGUGGUAAGAGCGAGUAUGUUUUAGGUGUAUUACACGAUGGAAAGGCAUAUCAUUACCUGUUCUCAGUUGAUGCUGAAGGCAAACUUUCCAUAAAGGCUGGGAGAAAAUUCCUUAAUUUGAUGCAAAUUGUGGACUAUUAUACACAAAAAAGUGAUGGACUGCUAUGUAAAUUGACGGUGCCGUGUGACAUCAGUAGGUAUCAGGUAACCCCUAUCUUACCGGAGAAGCAAAAUAUUUUACUUGAUCCGGACAUUCAAAAAGAGCUUAGGCGGAGAGUUACAAAGUCAAAGGCAACCUAUAAGCAAUUUCAAAAGCCAAGAAGACCGAAGUCUGCAGCUGUUGCUGUACCAGGUGGUGGUCAAAGCCAUUUAACGGCGGAAACACCUCCUCCUGUACCUUCGAGCCCAAACCGGCCGCCAAUUGGAGUUCACGGCCACGACAUGGUGGAUGGUAGCAAUGCCUGGAAAUAUGAGGGCAUCUAUGAUAGCAUAAAGGUAAAAGGGACGGAAGGCUACGAAAAUCCUUUCCUUGGGUCGAAGGAACCUCGAAAACUUGUUGUUGAAAUCAAGAGGCUAAAAAUACAAGAAGAGUUGGGCCAUGGAAACUUUGGGUCUGUCAUGAAAGGUAUCUAUAUGAUUCCAAACGGAAAGUCGAUUGCUGUGGCUGUUAAGACCUUGAAAGAAGAAAAUAUUCCAAAUCAACAGUCUGAAAUCAUACACGAGGCAGAGAUCAUGGCAAAGCUGGAUCAUCCAAACAUUGUUAGAAUGAUUGGUGUAACACAGGGGACUGAAAUGAUGCUUGUUAUGGAGCUAGCUCCCGAAGGACCACUUAACAAGUAUUUAAAAAAGCACAAAAACAUGGCAUUUUUGAAUAUUCUCAUUUUGAUGCUACAAGUUGACGAGGGAAUGCAGUAUCUGGAAUCACAGCAUUUUGUUCAUCGUGAUUUAGCUGCAAGAAAUGUUUUAGUUGUUUCUGAAAAUUUUGUAAAAAUAAGUGAUUUUGGGAUGAGCAGAGCGAUGGGGGCUGGAAACGAGUAUUACAGAGCAGAGCGUGCUGGCAAAUGGCCUUUGAAGUGGUACGCCCCUGAGUGCAUCUUCUACUUCAAGUUUACCAGUAAAAGUGAUGUGUGGAGCUAUGGUGUUACAAUGUGGGAGGCACUAAACUAUGGAGCAAAACCGUAUUCGGGCAAAAAAGGACAGCAACUUGUAGAAGAUCUUGAGCGUGGGUAUCGACUAGAGUGUCCGCUAAACUGUCCCAAAGAAAUUCACAAUAUAAUGAAAAGGUGUUGGGAAUGGCAACCCGAGAAGCGGCCUACAUUUCAUGAAAUCGGCAAUUCCUUAUUUUCCUUUAUCGAGAAAACGAGGAGAAAGCAUACUCGAUAAACCGUAUUUUUGGUGAAAUUUAGAAAUUGUGAAAUUAGUUUAGAAAUUGGCAUGGUUUUCUAUCGACAAUGCAUUUUUUAGCAUUGUAACUUUAUAUCUGGGUCCUAAGUCAUUGCUCAGAGUAUUGUCAUAUAAUAUGUCUGUAGCAAAUCUUAUUCAGCAAAGGUCAGUAGUUUGUAUUGUAGAUUUUUUGUAUAUAAACCAUGUCCUUUGUUAUUUGUAGUGAAGAUCUCACUAGAAUAAGAAUCUUAAAGGUUUUUAUGAGCCGAAUGUUUAACGUGUAUACCACAAAUAUAUCAGAAAGUAAGUUGUAAAAGACUUUAGCAUUUAUGAUCAUAUAUGAGAAAUUUCUGUAAGAAUUAGGAGCAAUACACUCAAAGCUGAUAAUAGUUAAUUACUAAGCGUCGAAAUUGUGUUUUUUGUUGCUUUAAUGUUGACGGCAAAUAGGUAUAAAAAUAUCCGAUUGUGUAUUGUUUAUAGUAGCAUUUUUUCCUGUGAUAUUACUUUUCAUGAACCAACAGAAUACAAAAUUUCAGCCUAUGUGUCAUCGUUGUUAUGACUGUCGUAUUCCUAAGAUCGUGGCAGCUUGCUUUUCGUACCAAACUUCGUGGGUACUCUUAGAGCAUAAAAGCCAAAUGUAUUCCGUCUGUUGUUUUGAAGUUUUUUUAUUGUUUUGCUAGAAAAAUCAGUAUAUGCAAUGAGUAAAGGAUGAAAAUUUAUCCCAAUUUUGAUCACAAUUUUGGUCAGUAGUGAGCCCAAGCCAUGAAAUGAAAGCUUUAUUGGGUGAUGCAAAAAGCUUGGGUAUUUGACAGUAAUCGUUUAUGUGAUAAGUGAUUUAACAAGACUUUUAUAAGACAUAUUUUACCAACCACUAAUUGUAAUGACUCUCAAAGUUAGUACAUAUUUUUGCCUGUGAGAACCGUGUUUUGGUAUCUACUUCGUAACUUUACAUCAAAGACCGUUACAAAUCAAACUCAUUUUUAUGGGUGCGUUCGAUAUUUUUUAUUUUUUUUAAAUGGGUUAGCUGCAAAAGCAAAAUUCAUAGAUCGACCCUCGGCUAUUUUAAAAAUUUUACAUGAAAGACCAAUAUACCAGUAAAGUACACUAAGCUAAUUCUCCAGCUUCAUACGCAUUUUAACAUAAUUUUCAAUAGUAAUGAUGCAUCAUUAUUGC